AUGCCGACGCCGGUGACUACGGCGAGAGAAUGCUUGACGGAGGAAGCUGCUCGUGCUCUCGACGAUGCUGUUUCGGUGGCUCGUAGGAGGAGCCACGCGCAGACUACGUCCCUCCACGCCGUGUCCGCUCUUCUCGCGAUGCCGUCGUCUAUUCUCCGUGAGGUGUGCGUCUCACGCGCCGCUCGGAGCACUCCUUACUCGUCGCGUCUUCAAUUUCGAGCUCUGGAGCUCUGCGUCGGCGUAUCUCUUGACAGGCUCCCGUCGUCCAAGUCUACGGCGGCGGAUGAAGACCCACCGGUGUCGAAUUCGCUCAUGGCUGCAAUCAAGCGGUCGCAGGCGAAUCAGAGGCGUCAUCCGGAGACGUAUCAUCUCCAGCAGAUCCACGCAAGUGGCGGCGGCGGCAGCGGCUGCCAAACGACUGUUUUGAAGGUCGAGUUGAAGUACUUCAUACUAUCCAUCCUCGACGAUCCGAUUGUUAACCGGGUCUUCGGCGAAGCCGGGUUUCGGAGCUCCGAUAUCAAGCUAGACGUGCUUCACCCUCCGGUAACGCAGUUCUCUCCCCGCUUCUCUCGAGCUCGUUGUCCGCCUCUCUUCCUCUGUAAUCUUCCGAACUCAGAUCCGAGUCGUGAGUUCCCGUUUGGUGGGAGCAGCGGUUUCGAUGAGAAUUCCCGGAGAAUCGGAGAAGUAUUAGGUCGUCAAGAGAGGAGGAACCCUCUGCUUGUUGGAAAUUGCGCUAGCGAAGCUCUUACAACGUUCACGGAUUCGAUCAACGGUGGGAAGCUAGGGUUUCUUCCUCCGGAGAUUAGCGGGUUAAGCAUAGUUAGCAUAGAGAAGGAAAUUAGUGAAAUUUUAGCCGGUGGAUCAAGAACUGACGAGGAGAUUCGCAUGAAACUUGAUGAAUUAGUAAGAAUCGUAGAGCAAGGUGGCUCGAAGUCGGGGAUGAUACUUAAUCUGGGAGAGUUGAAGGUUCUCUUAACCAGUGAAGCUUCUCCCGGUGGAAACAGUAAUGCUUUGGAGGAUUUGGUGUCGAAGCUCUCGGAUUUUCUGAAACAUCAAAGUAAGAAACUGUGGUUCAUCGGAUGUGCAUCGAGCAAUGAGACGUACACGAAGCUUCUUGCUCGGUUUCCUACGAUCGAUAAGGACUGGGACCUUCAUAUUCUUCCAAUCACAUCCUCAAAACCUUCGAGUCAAGGGGUUUAUCCAAAAUCAAGUUUGAUGGGAUCAUUUGUUCCGUUUGGAGGGUUCUUUUCGUCUACAUCAGAUUUCAGAGUGCCGUUGAGUGGCACAGUGAACCAGAAGCUUUCCAGAUGUCACCUCUGCAACGAGAAGUAUUUGCAAGAAGUUGCCGCCGUUGCCAAAGCCGGUUCGAGUCUCUCUCUUUCUGAUCAGUGCUCUGAGAAGUUGCCCUCUUGGUUACGGGCUGCAGAGACCGAGUUAGACAAGGGAACAACGGGCAGCAGUAAGGCUAUAGAGGACACAAACACAUUAGGCGCGCAAACGACAGCUCUGAAGAAGAAAUGGGACAACAUAUGCCAAAGUAUCCAUCAAACUCCGGUCUUUCCUAAGCUCAGUUUUCAGCCGGUGAGUCCGCAGUUCCCAGCUCAGGCCGAGAAAAGAGUGAGAAGCCCGGCCGAGAAAAGUAGUCCUGAAAGCUUUCUGGAGACGCGUAAACUUCUGAAUCCGCCAAUCUCAAAUCCAAAACAUAAGGAGGAUCUCACAACCUCGGUGGCUAGCCGUUCGGUGACUUCUCCUUUGAGCUGUGUUACUACAGAUUUGGGGUUGGGAGUAAUGUAUGCAUCAAAAGGCCAGGAAUCAAACACACUGAAAGAGAAACCGCUGUUGGCGACACUAAAUUCUUCUUUAGAACAAAAAGAUCAGAAAGAUUUCAAGUCUCUCAGAGAAUCACUCUCCCGUAAAGUCCCCUGGCAGACCGAAGCUGUGAAUGCCAUAAGCCAAAUUAUCUCCGAAUGCAAAAGCGACUCUACAAGAAGAAUCCGCGCAAGUGGAACUUGGCUGGCUCUUCUUGGACCCGAUAAAGUUGGGAAGAAGAAAGUAGCGUCGGCUCUUUCUGAAGUCUUCUUUGGUGGCCAGGUCAAUUGCAUCUGUGUGGAUUUCGGGGCAGAGCACUGUUAUCUUGAUGACAAAUUCAGAGGCAAAACAGUGGUUGAUUACAUAACCGGGGAAUUAUCAAGGAGACCACAAUCUGUUGUUUUACUAGAAAACGUGGAAAAAGCCGAGUUCCCGGAUCAGAUCAGAUUGUCUGAAGCUGUGAGCACUGGGAAACUCCGUGAUUCGCAUGGAAGAAUGAUCAGUAUGAAAAAUGUGAUUGUUAUUGCGACGUCUGGGAGCUCCAAGUACAAUGCUACUGAUGAUGUUUGUGAACCUGCCAAGUUUUCUGAGGAAAGAGUUCUCAGCGCAAGAAGCUGGAAACUAGAGAUAAAGUUAGCCGAUACGGCUAAAACUGGAGUAAAUAAGAGAAAACAUGAGCCAGAAACAGAGCAGCGUGCAGAGAAGGCCCAACGUUCAUAUCUGGAUCUGAAUCUUCCCGUGGAUGAGACAGAAGUUGGCUUUAGUCAUGAAACAGAGGACGCAAAAGCUUGGUUCGAUGAUUUCAUUGAGCAGGUAGACGGAAAAGUGACGUUCAAGCCGGUUGUUUUGGAUGGGUUAGCGAAGAACAUUCAAGAUCACAUUAAUUCACAAUUUCGGAAGUGCUUCGGAUCCGAAACUCAGCUAGAGAUUGAUGACGACGUGAUUGUUCAGAUUCUGGCGGCUUCUUGGUCAUCUGGCGAAGAAGAGAGAAGAAGGGUUGAUCAAUGGAUGCACACUGUUCUUGCUCCGAGCUUUGCUGAAGCGAGGCAGAAGUACGGUUCGAAUCCUACGCUCGCCGUGAAACUGGUUGCGUCGAGAGGCUUAGCUGCCGGAGUAGAGUUGCCGGAGAAGGUGGAUGUGAUGUGA